UAUCGUCGUUUGGAAGAGUUUUUUGGCACCUGAAAGAACAGUUGAUGCCCUGCCGAUAAUUACCACAGCAGUUACCUAUUCCACCGAGACAGGAUGAGAAAGACGAAGAGAGCCCUGAGUUUGGGUUGUUUUAAUUAACUCUUACCAACCCCCAUCAUGUGUGCCUUUUCUUUUCUUUUUUACAUCUGUACAAGCCUUAGAGAUGUUGUGCUUGUUCACAAACAUUCUAUAAACGAACACAAUUCAUCCGAUUAUCACUAAGAUCAACUGGUUACCAUUGACCUCACCCGCUUCUUCUAAAAUGACCCUCGUCUCUUCUUCCUCCUAUUUAUAAUAUCUUGCGCCAAACAAAAGCCGCCAGUGGUGGUGGAACUCAUUAACCCAACACUCUCAUUAGUACACAAAACAUAAUGAAUAUGUAAAUGAUGUGUGUAAUCUACGCACAGGCUGAGAGACUUGUUCUCUUUUCAGUCCUCCAUUGUAAUGUAUAUCCCCCUUCCUUAUAACUUGACACUCCAAUUUUCCUCUUUUCUUAGACUACCAACUGUGAAUCCAUGGGGGGACUUCUUGAGGUCUCACCAUUAUCUCUUUUAUUAUUGGUUUUAACACAUUUAUCCUUGCCUUUAACCAUGGUUUGAAGUGUAUAAUAGUCUCUAAGAGUCUCUAUGUUUGCUUCUUCCUGCUCACAGUCCCCCUUUUCCAAAAACAAACCCUGCAGUGGCGCAUUAAACCAACAACCGAGUGUUUGAACAAGGUCUUUCUUCCAGGAAUAUGAAUACUGAAUAAUCUAUCCACUGAGACUGUUUUGGAUGCUGUGUUUUGUCUUUGUCCCUCUGCUGCAUGGAUCUUAACGUGUGGUCCAAACUGUGUGGUAAAUUCAAGCUUCGCCCUGAUAGACGGUGAGUUGCCUCGCUCCUGUCUCGGAUAAACACCUAUAAUACUCUGGCUCCCUUGGCAAUCACCAUAGCAACAAACCACGGUACCCACGUGAGUUGCAUAAUAAGAUGUUCUCUAAGACCACGGAGCAUAAAGCGACGACAAACUAGAAACCCGCAACAAGGAAUGCGUUAAAUGAGUAUUGAAACGUUACAUGAAUGGGCUUGCGUCACGUAACAAACUGUCAGGCGCUCAUGCGCCGUCCCUCUGUCUCUCCAGACCCUAACAGGUGCUGAUGAGCCGCAGUCAAUGAUUGUAAUGAGCUAUCGAUCACCGUGGGAAAACCGAGGGACAGAGAGGGGUAAGGGAGGUAGGGGGAACCAGAGGACACACACACACACACACAAACAGAAGGAGAGGGACUGCCAGGACAGGAAGAAAAAAAAAAAAAACUUCAAAUGAAAUUAAUGGAGACAAGCUACCGAAGACAGGGUAUCAAUACUUGCUUUAAUCAAGUCCGUAUCUCCUAUUGUUCGGCUUAAAAUAGAACGUAAGUGGAAGUGCUUUUUUUGCCAGCGCGUGCUGAAUGGAAGUGUCCAACCGCGAGCGGCUUCUGGACGGGCCGGUCUGCUCGGAAUGACCAUGCAGACGUGGUUGUCAUGACCGAGUUCAGAUGCCAGUGAAUGGCACUGACGCAGUAUCUCUAUUUUCCUCUUUUUGUGCUGUGUGCAUGGAGGGGAGGCAGACAGCUUUAGGGAAGGGGGAGGUGCGUUGUGUGCGUGUGUGUGUGUGUGUGGCGUGUGUGUUGGCUGGCGUUUCAGAUAAUGAAAUGCAGCAGGGAACAAAGAGCUGGGGGCCCCUAUUCUCUGUGCUGCAGCUUCAUUUUCACCACCGUCAGUCUAUGAUUCUUCCAUAGCCUCUUUUCUGUGUAUCUGUAUGUGUGUUUAUAUGUGUACCAGCAGUUUGUUGUGUGUACCAGUGUCCCCUCCUCCUCCUGUUAGUAUUCUGCAUGGCAGAUCCCCCUAAUGUAAUAACUGUGUCUGCAUGUCUAAUUUACAGCAGGAGAGAGUAAAUAGCCUGUGGUUAAUUACAGUACGUGUGUGUGUGCGUGUGUGUGUGUGCGUCUACAUGCGCGUGGGUGUGUCAGAAUGAUUUAUGAGUUGCAAAUAGCUACACCAGUGGCCCGUUUCUCCUCACUUAGUUUUUAAUCUGUCUUUCCAUUAAUUUUCCGGGAGACGUUAUUAUGGUUUUAUAAAAGUGUUCGCGACGAUGCACAUGUGAGUGCACGUAUGUGUUAAUGAGACAAAGGUGAGGACAUUUUGUGAGAAUCGAGGCCAUUUGGGCAUCUAAGCCGUACUUGGCUUUUCGCUCUUCAGAAUUCCCGGUUUACCUUCCUUCCUUUCGCCUUUUUUUCCCCGGUGGUUCAUUCACUCUCGUCAUUGAGAGCCACAAUGAACACAGAUCUUUAUUGACAGUACACGGCAGAACAUGGAAACAGCAGGUCAAUCCGUUUAGCCCAAGGGCCGAUACACCAAUUCACCAAUUUGUCAGUGUUAGUUUGAGAGAGAAAAGCAGCUAAUCUCUCCUCUCUGCUCUCUAUUGAUCACACACUUAGACUCCACUUCUCUGUCUAAACACUAUUGAUUCCCUCUCUCUCUCAAUCUCUUUCUCUCUCUACCUCUCUUUCUGUCUCGCUCUCACCACAUACCAUAGCUCUCAACACAUAUUCCCUUCGUACACUCAGACUUCUCAUCAGAUCAAGGCUUAAAUCAUUGACUUGGUAAUAGACUUGGCUUGUACGUGGAACCCCAAAUUGUAUUUUGUAUUUUACUUCAGAGAAUGAACAAAAUAUAUCUUUGAUUAAUUCCGGGACUACAGUAAUGUAACUGGAGCUUAUAAUGUCUUCAAAGCCUCUCCAAGUUUGGUUCACAAAUGUCAAAUAUUAUUCCCUGCUGCGUACAUUCAAACGCGUAUGCAUGGUCUCAUUAACAAAAUCAAUUCCUUAGCCCUCUACGGCAUGAAUAUAGACUAUGACAUAGUAUUCACUGCCGCGUACGCUGUCUCCUGGCUUUGUCUCACAUAACAGGGUGAACUUCAAAAGGACCAUAUUCCUGUCAAGAUGAAAGCUACGCAAAGAUGUUUGAUUGAUUGUCUUAAGGGAGACGACCCCCCCCCCCCCCCUUAAUUUUAACGUCAAAGAAAAUGACCAAAAGAUCUGUUUGUGUGGGCCCUUUUCAUUACACGUUUACACUGGGAGACCUUCAUUACCAUUUCAGUGAUCAUCAGUGCAGACGGAGAGAGAAACCUCCGACGAAAAAAAAAGAAAAGAGCAUUGAUCAUAUAUUUGACCCUUUACCCUUAUAUCAAAUAAAUAAAAUGCAAACAGGGAAUCCCAAAUGUGUCUUCGAUGCCGUGGGGGGAAAAAGAAACCCCAGCCAGGCCCCCUUGGGUUGCACCGCCGUCUCCUCGCCGUCCUAUUUGUUGGGCUGGUGCGACGCCUACAGGCGAGGCGACGCCAUUACAACAACCCGCCGCCUGCAGGUUACAAAACACUAACACGUGGCUUGUGUAACUCCACAUGAACAUGUUUGAUAACCGACACCGAAGAGUGUGCUCGGGACGACGGGGCUCAUUUGCGUGGUGCACAUCUGCUUAAACCUUUCGGAGCCAUUUUUCAUUUUUUAAAUAGCUACACUCGACCGUCACCUCGCGUUUGAAGAUGCCUCCUUCGGCUGGCGAAGACAGUAAGGUCUUCGUGAGAAGGAUGUUGGUGGAGGUGCUGGCGGGUCGAGAGGAUCCGGAGGGGUUCUUUGCCAUGUGUGUGUCGGUUCUGGGCCACCGGGAGACCAGCUCACGGUUCCUGCCCCUCAUCCAGCCGCUGUCCACGGCCAACGGCGCGCUGCACGCCGCCCUCACCUCCAUCCACACGGACUACUUCUCCAAGACUCAAGAUGAUGAGCUGGAACUUGCACUGUCGCUGUCUCUUGUGGAAAUGGACGAUCACCGGCUGUCCAGCACCAGCCAAGAGUCCCGACCUCAGCGACCUGCAGACGGGCCGAAUAAGCCGACCGCUGUAUCUCAGGGAAGCAGCCGCGUCCCGCGAGCAGGUGUAAUCGCCAGCGGGAAAAAACGUGACUCACCACAAACGGGGGCCUCGGUCAAGGCCAACUCACCACAGACAAACAACACGCCUGAGCGUCAGCAAAAUGACGAAUAUGAAACGGAGACACCGGGAGCGAGUCAGGCCGCGCGUGUCUCCAGGCCAGUUUCCAAACAAGACGCGUUCAAAGAAAGCGACGCAAUGAUGAACGACGCAAAUUUGAGCCCGUCAGAGAAACCGAAGCGCUCCAAGAACAGACGGCAGCGGCGUAAAGGCGCCGGCCGGCAAGUCGUAGGUUUGCCCCGUUCUCCGUCGGCGCCGCCGCCGGUUCUGCUGUGGUUCAGGAGGGACCUGCGACUCGGGGACAACCCUUCUCUCACUGGCUCGUUGGAGGUCGGUGCACCUGUCAUCCCCGUCUUCAUCUGGAGCCCCGAGGAGGAGGAGGGACCUGGGAUCACGGUGGCUGUGGGGGGAGCGUGUAAAUACUGGCUUCAUCAAGCGUUGUCUUGUUUCUCUGCAUCUCUGGAGCGCAUUGGCAGCCAUCUUGUGUUUUUGGAGGCAAAUACAUCUUCUUUGCAUACCCUUAAGGAGCUAGUGAAGGAGACUGGGGCGAGAACUGUCUUGGCCAAUGCCCUGUAUGAGCCUUGGUUGAAGGAGAGGGACGACGCGGUGGUGUCCGCCCUUCAGAAAGAUGGUGUGGUUUGCAAGACGUUCCACUCGUACUGUCUCAGAGACCCUUACUCCGUGAGCACGGAGGGGGUCGGACUCAGAGGAAUAGGUUCAGUCUCUCACUUCAUGACCUGCUGUAGACAGAACCCAGGGUCUGCGUUAGGGGCCCCCCUGGACUCUCCUGUAUCUCUCCCCACACCCGCCCGCUGGCCUGUGGGUGUCCCUUUGAACACGCUAGGCCUGGCGCGCAUGCCCCGCAGGAAAGAUGGCACAACGAUUGACUGGGCAGCUAACAUCCGUAAAUCUUGGGAUUUCAGUGAGGAAGGCGCGUCGGACCGGCUAGAGGCCUUUCUGAAUGAUGGUGUUUAUCGUUACGAAAAAGAGUCCGGCAGGGCAGAUGCCCCAAAUACCAGCUGUCUGUCCCCCUACCUUCACUUUGGUCAGCUCAGCCCACGCUGGCUAUUGUGGGAUGCCAAAGGGGCGCGCUGUCGACCCCCAAAGUUCCAACGCAAACUGGCGUGGAGGGAUUUGGCUUACUGGCAGCUGACCAUGUUUCCCGACCUCCCCUGGGAAUCCCUCAGACCUCCAUACAAGGCUCUGCGGUGGAGCAGUGAUGGUGGCCACCUGAAGGCCUGGCAGCGAGGACGGACAGGCUACCCUCUGGUGGACGCCGCCAUGAGGCAGCUGUGGCUGACGGGCUGGAUGAACAACUACAUGAGACACGUGGUGGCAUCUUUUCUUAUUGCAUAUCUCUACCUGCCCUGGCAAGAGGGUUACCGCUGGUUCCAGGACACCCUAGUGGAUGCUGAUGUUGCCAUAGACGCUAUGAUGUGGCAGAACGGGGGCAUGUGCGGUCUGGACCAUUGGAACUUUGUCAUGCACCCCGUUGAUGCAGCGAUGACCUGCGACCCCUACGGAAGCUACGUGAGGAAAUGGUGUCCUGAACUUGCUGAUCUGCCCGACGAUCUCAUUCACAAACCCUGGAAGUGUCCGCCAUCCAUGCUUCGACGUGCAGGUGUGGUCUUUGGCCAGACAUACGCCGAGCGGAUAGUCACAGACCUGGAGGAGCGGAGGAGUCGUUCCCUGCAAGAUGUGGCUCUGGUGCGAAGAGAGUUCGGGCAGUACGUGGACAAGCACUCUGGCUGCGACUUGGUGCCUCUGCCGCCGCGCCUCGUCUCUCAGGCUCUGGGCUCAGCGCACCGGGACGCGGGUCUGGUAGCGGAAGGGAAGCAGUUCCUGUUGCCCGUUAUCACGCGCAUGGAAUUCAAACACCAACAGGAAGAUCCAGACGCAGACGCCGCCUCAAAUCCUUACAAUGCUGUUCUGAAAGGGUACGUGAGUCGCAAGCGGGACGAGACGGUCGCCUUCCUUAACGAGAGAGACUUUACUGCCAGCGUGAUGCACGAGGGCGUUCAGAGAAGGGAGAGGCUGGAGAGCAAUUAUCGCAGAAUGGAGGGACUCCCUCAGCCUCCCGCGCCUCGGGGCAGAGCCAGAAGAACUCCAACCGCCAAGGACAAGUUUUCUGUGGCCCCCAGUGGGGCGGUCUCGUCAGUCAGGUGAUCCAGAGACCACGACGGAAAGUGAAGUGACCAGUUACAAGCCGUAAAAUGCACAAAAAUCUUAAGGAAAGCCUUAAAUUAAAAUGUGAGGGAAAUUUGUUGAGACAAAGUUCGCAAGAGACGUACAUUUAGUGUUCAGCAAAUUCGGACAAAUCCGAGGCAUGUUACAAAAAAAGGCUUCCACCGUAUGUUUUACAGUUGGUUCUUUUUUAUAUUGUUGUACAUUGGGUGAAUACGUUUGGUUGCAACAAUGCGUGUGGAUAUAACAUGGGUUUACUAAAAAUAAGUGAUGAAAAAUAUUAAAUGUGUAAAUAUUUAUAGUAUACAUUUGUCUGACAGUGUCAAGAACUAUUUAAUAGCUGUAAUGUUAAACAUCUUGUGCUGUCACAUGGGGGACUCUAAAUAAAAUCAUUUUAUAAAAACUGACCUUUUAUAAUAUGAAGCCUGAACUUUGGGAUUUAAUAAAAAAAAAGAAAAAGAAAGUC